UUGGAUUCUCUAUUCAGUCAUUUAUAACAAAUUUCAAAUACAAAUUGAAUCCAAUCACAAAAUUAUUUUACAACAUGUUUAGAUUUAUUAUAAUAUCGAUGACAUUUGCUUAUUGUGCGGCCAGUGCUGGCUAUGGAAGUGGAGGUGCAUUCGGUCUAAGCGGUGGAUCGCUUAGAGCUUCGCUUUCAAAUGGCUUAUCUUCAGCUUAUGGUUCAGGACUAGCCAUUGCUUCUCCAUAUGCCGUUUCAUCUCCCGGUCCUUUAUCAGCAGCUAUCCAAACACAUCGAACCUUUGAGGUUGUUCCAGUGUCAUUGCCACAGGAACCACCAGUUCCUCAAAUAAUUGAUGUCGAACCAAGCGAACAACCUGUGCAAGUAAUUUUUAGAUCAGUAUCGAGUCCCGUACUUGUACAGCAAAUCCAUACUCCCGGAGCUCCUGGAGAAGUGCAAUCAACACAAUCGGAGGAUGAGCCGCAUCGCGUACUCCAUCAAGUUCUCAGACCUGUUAUCCAAGAGGUUCGUGAAGUUAUUCAACCGUACAGACGAGUUACUCAAGAAGUGAGACCAGUUCUCGAAGAAGUUCAUACUGUGGUGGCAAAAGGCGAAGGAAGACUUAAAUCAGCUCAGAUAGCAUCUCACACUCCAAUAGCCGAUCCAAAUCAUCUUGUAUUGGACAACGGAUAUCAAGGCUUAAACUUAAAUUCAGGUUUAUAUGGUUCCGGUGGCUCCGGUAGUUUUGGUCUGACCAACAAUUACAAAGCUAAAGCCAAAAAAGCCGCUUAACUUUAUAUAAAUUCACUUUUAUAUCUCAUUUCAAUAACAUUAUAUAUCACUAAUUUAACUGUGAAUUUGUAAUUUAUAAACAUAUCAUAUUUUGAAUAAAU